AUGGCGACUGACGUCCUCACUUCUAUACCCAAUGGACGAGAGACGGACAUGAAGCAACUGGAUGCUUCAACAUGGAUUGCCCUGGCUUCAUACGAGCGAAUGGCGCUGCCAUAUCUCCAGGACAAAAAAAGCGGAGACUGGUGGGUGUACUAUGGCUUCAAUAGCGUUCCUACGGGGGUGGGAUACUUCCCAAAGUCAUUGUUCAGCUACCUGGCAAAUAAGGCAAACCAGUUGGCAUUUGGUGGUGCCGUGGUUGCCCAUAGGGCGGCUUCAACUCCUUCGAUGGGUAGCGGUUCCUUCCCUAAUGGUGGUCAAGGGCGCGCUGCUUCUUUCACUAACCUUGGUAUCAUUGACAAGGAGGGGAACACCAAGCCCAUCAUGGCAGACUUCCCCACGUUGGUUACUAAUAACAAAUGCCACUCUAUUACUCCUAUCAAUCAUGCUGCAUGCCUUUAUGGCGGUCCUGGAGGUUGUGUGAGAUAA